UUACAAAAUCUACGGACGACUCACAAGUUUAUGGUUUUCCUAUUUUGUCAGCUUUUCCUGUAAAACCUUAUUGGGGAAGAAAUCUCUUCCAGGUCAAACUUUUCUACACACGCAUCAUUAACAGCUCAAUUUUUUUAUGCACCUUUUUUCUUCAUUGGAUCUGGUCAUUAACUCGUAAUAGAAACACCCUUUUGAAUCUUUCACGCUUUUUUUGGCUUUUACAUUGCGGAUCUUUUUUAAGGGUGUUUGUCAUCUGUAUAGGUCCAAAGGGAAGGCGUAUUUUGAUUCCAAUUCGUGAUAAAAAGGUUCCUCCGAGCUAUCAUUGAUUGGGGUUUUGAUUGAAAUUUUGGCGUGUUUUUGGAAGAUAAGUUCUGGGUUGUUGUGUUCGGUUCAAAGUUUGAAUACUUGAGAACAAUUUGCAUCUGGGUAUUUGAGAAGUUUUAUAUACAGGUUGGUGAAUUGGGUAGUUUGAAGGUUUUCAAGAGCAGAAUCGGAUUGGUAUCUAUCUAAUGCAGUAGAAUCGAGCCUUUUGUGGUUUUUUUCAAGGAGUUCUAGGGUUUUGCUUGUGGAGGGUUUAGGAUCUGAUGAAAUGAAAAGGAUAGUCUCUGGUUGGCAUGGUGAUUCAAGGUCAAGGUCAAAUGAGUAUCAUAAGAAUGAGUUAUUUCAUUGUCUUGGUGUUUUUUGUUUGCACUGCGAAGACUACGAGCUUCGAAUACAGGAAGGCAGCAGAGGAUGCAUUUUUCAGCCAACUAGUUGAUCCGGCCACUGGCGAAGUUGAUGAGGAAAUGGCAGAGCAAUUAUGGAUCAGUUGCAGGCUAGAUUUGAUCCAUUUGAAGGAAGCUAAUGAAGGACCCGGGUUUUGUUUUCCAGAAGGAACAUGUGAUUGGACAGAUGAGAUUGGUUCAAAAAGUAGGCCUCUAGCAAAAGAAAACAUGCAGAAGUUGUUUGAUUUCCUGCAACCUCAGUUAAGACAAACUCUUUUAGAUUGUGUGAGGAAAAAAAAUCUUCAAGUACCUGUAUCUGGAGACAGUCCUGGUCUUUGGACUCGGUAUGGGAAGAAUCUUGAGACCAUGUUUCCCAGGUUUCGUGCUCCUAAAAGAAUCUUGCUUCAGAGCAUCGGUGUGUCACCUGCCCCGUCUCCUUCCCCUGCUGACGGGUUACCUAGUUUCAGUCCAUCACCAUCCCCGGAUAUUGCCCCCUCUCCUGAUGUGGGUCCUUCCCCAUCUGAAGUCUCUAAUGCUCCUAGUCCUGAUUUGCGUCCACAAAGCUCUUUCUUUCCAUCUGAAGACCCCCCUGAACCAAGUUUACCUCCUCCAUCUGAUGCCAGAUCUUCUUCGGGUCCCAAUAGUGGUUCUAAUGGUAAUGCAGAUAAGAACAAAAGCAGUAGAAAAACUGUUGUUAUUGCUGUUGUGGUAACUGCAGCAGUGACACUUAUUGUGGCAGCAUCCCUUUUUCUGUGCUGUUCAAAGGUCUGUAGAACUGGCUCUGGAGUUAAACGAAAUGAUGAGAGGCCCCUUCUUAGCCUAAGUUUAAGCGACUACUCUGUUGGUUCUUCACACAAGUCAUUUGCAUUAGGAAAUACAAUUAAAGAGCAGAAGCUUGGUCAUCAAUCUUUUGGUAAUAACUCAAUCUAUACAGUUGAUGAAAACUCCUCCUUAGGUGACAUUGGUGCUGCAAAACAUUCUGCUGAAGCCUUUGGAACAUUUGGUAUUGGUACACAGUUACCGCCUCCUCCUGGAAGGGUGGGUAGAGCCUCUUCAGGACUGCCUACCUUGAAGCCCCCUUCUGGCAAGGCAGAGCCUCUCCCUCCGGAGCCAUGUGCUUCUCUUAAGCCUCCUCGCAGCAUGGAUGGCCCUCCUCCUCCUCCUCCUCCUCCCCCUCCCCCUCCCCCUCCCCCUCCCCCUCCCCCUUCAGUAUCACCUCCCACACUGAAACCUCUUGGCAGUGCUGGCCCAGCACCUCCUGGACCACCUCCUCCACCACCCAUUGCCCCAGGUGCCAAACCUAGUUCUCGCCCACCUCCUCCUCCCCCAAAAGACGGUAUUGCCCCCCCACAACCUCCUCAACGAAUGGCCUUAGGUUCUAAGGUUCCUCGGCCGCCUGUUGGCCUGAAACAUCCUUCAAAUACAGGAGAUAGUGAAGGAGCUGGCUCAGGGGGUGAUGAUGGUUCUAAAGCCAAGCUGAAGCCCUUUUUCUGGGAUAAAGUUCUAGCAAACCCUGAUCAGUCAAUGGUUUGGCAUCAGAUUAAGUCUGGAUCGUUCCAAUUCAAUGAGGAGAUGAUAGAAACUCUGUUUGGGUAUACACCUGCUGAUAAAAACAAAGGGGGUCACAAGAAAGAGUCUUCCUCUCAAGAUCCUUCACCUCAGUACAUUCAGAUCCUUGACCCAAAAAAAGCACAAAACUUAUCAAUUCUUUUGCGUGCGUUGAAUGUGACAAUAGAAGAAGUUCAUGACGCACUUCAAGAAGGAAAUGAGCUACCUGCGGAACUUCUUCAAACUCUGUUGAAGAUGGCCCCAACUGCAGAUGAAGAACUGCGUCUUAGGCUGUUCAGUGGUGAACUUUCUCAACUAGGACCUGCCGAGAGGUUCUUAAAAGCCAUGAUGGAAAUUCCAUUUGCUUUUAGAAGGAUGGAGGCUCUGCUUUUCAUGGGUACCCUUCAGGAGGAUGUUAAUAAUACAAAAGAGUCCUUUGAAACAUUAGAGGUUGCCUGCAAGGAACUCAGAAAUAGCCGACUAUUCCUAAAGCUUCUUGAAGCUGUUCUCAAAACCGGCAACCGCAUGAAUGAUGGAACUUUCCGUGGUGGGGCACAAGCAUUCAAACUUGACACACUUCUGAAAUUGGCUGAUGUUAAAGGAGUAGAUGGGAAAACAACACUCUUGCACUUCGUUGUCAAGGAAAUAACUCGCUCUGAAGGUUUGAAGGCUGCCCGAUUAGCAAGGGAGAACCGAAGCUUAUCAAGCAUCAAAACAGAUGAUCUUCUUGAAGAAACUACUGAUGAAACAGAAGAGUACCAUCGCAACCUUGGUCUUCAGGUGGUUUCAGGUUUGAGCAGUGAACUUGAAAAUGUAAAGAAAGCAUCGGUUCUAGAUGCUGACAGCUUAACUGGAACUAUUGCAAAACUUGGCCAAGCACUGUUAAAAAUCCGUGAUUUCCUGAACAAAGACUUGAAGAGUAUUGAUGAAGAAAAUGGGUUCCACCAAACAUUGAAGAGUUUUGUGCAGAAUGCUGAGGUUGAUGUUAUGUGGUUGCUGGAGGAAGAAAAGAGAAUCAUGGCUCUGGUGAAGAGCACUGGUGAUUACUUCCAUGGGAAUGCUGCCAAGGAUGAGGGUUUACGAUUGUUUGUCAUUGUACGAGAUUUUUUGAUAAUCUUAGAUAAGGUAUGCAGAGAGGUAAGGGAGUCCCAAAAUAAAGAAAAAUUCCAGAAAAAGAAUGCGCAGACUGCACCAACUUCGUCCGAUCCACGUCAACAACCAUCUCCUGAUCCACGCCAGCGUCUUUUCCCAGCAAUUGCAGAUCGACGGAUGGAUUUUAGUUCUAGUUCAGAUGAUGAGAGUUGAUAGAUUACAUUUGGAGAAGGUGGCAGCUGUUAUGAUUGGAAUUGAGCCAGAUGAGUUGGUCCCGGGAAUCCUUUGCAUACGGCUUUUGUUGCCGAAAUCAAAUCGAAAAAGGGGCAGAUCCGGUGGUCAUAGUUUCUCCUGCUGCCUGACUGUAUAGCUCACAAUCACCAGUAUAUGGUCUGCAUUAUCAUCACCGGAGGGCAUUGGUAGAGGUACCACAGUUCGAUCGGACAGUACCUUGACACAAACCAACUUGUGAAUUAGUAUUAGUUAGAUGUGAUUAUUUGUUCUUUUAAUUUAUCAUUCUUUGAUAACUUGGACGGAUUAAAGAAAGAUCUGUAGCAGAACAGUUUUGAAAUCAGGAAAUUACUGUCAAUGUAUGUGAUUUACUUAAAUGAUAAGUUACUUGUUUCCUUGAA